AUGGCACAGGAGACCAAUCAGAGCCAAGCGCCCAUGCUUUGUGCCACCGGCUGUGGUUUCUUUGGAAACCCCAGGACCAGUGGCAUGUGCUCGGUCUGCUAUAAGGACCACUUGACCAGACAGAACAAUGGAGUGAGCCCCCUGAGUGCAAUGGGUAAGAUCUGCCAUUCCUCCAUAAUUGUUUUUGUUAAUCUUUAUGUUUGAGAAGCAGAUGCCUUAUAACUCCAUGUUUUUGCAGUCAGUGCAUUUUCUCCUAGUAAAUCUGAUCAUGUAUUGUCUCAUUUAGGUGGCAGUGUGUCCAGUAGCCCCACAAUGGAGGCCUCGACCAUCCAGAGAAUUGAGGCUUCCUUAAAUAAUGCUGCUGCUGAAGCUGAUACCGAAGCUGCCAGGUGAGUGUCUGUUGUUACUCUGAAAUGACCAUGGAAACCAUUCUUUAAGACCAAGUCACACCAAAUUACUCCUCUCGCACCACGUUUGUUAUAUCAUUACAUCUGAAUGAGAUGGCUAGUAUGAAGUGGAGGAUUUGGACUAAAGAUUUGUAGCCUACAGCACCUGUUCUCAUUCUCUCCCUUUCUCUCACUGUAGUGGGGCAGUAGCUCUUCCUGUUACCCAACAGAUGACCGAGAUGAGCAUUUCCUGUGAGGAGGAAGGAGCGUCGCCUAAAGCAGAACCUGGUGCGUGUCCGAUUCAUAUGGGUGUUCAGUGCCACACGGUGGGGUGGGGGGUCACGUGAGUGGUUACAGGCCUGUGAUGGGAAGUGGUUGUGAAUAGUCUCUGGGCUCAGUGUUGUUGUUUUGAGGUCUUAUUUUUUAUUUUUCUGGUCUUUCCAGUGGUCACUCAGCCCACCGCCUCAGCUUCACCUCCCAGUGCUGCUGGCAUUGACGAAUCCAAAUCACCCGAACCUGCCAAACUGAAGAAGAACAGGUGCUUCAUGUGCCGCAAGAAGGUUGGCCUUACAGGUGAGGACAAACAUUCCAGGACUGCUCAACAUUGCUGCUUAUUCAGUCAGACCUCAGUCAAGAAGGCUGUGGCUUAUCAUGUGCCUUUCUAUGAUUGAGUAUAUGAUACACUGUGCAGAGGUGAUAUGAGCUGGGUCUAUUAGUGUGACUCACUGUGCCUUUUUUGCUCCGUCAGGUUUUGACUGUCGCUGUGGGAACCUGUUCUGUGGACUCCACCGUUAUUCAGACAAGCACAACUGCCCGUAUGACUACAAAGCCGACGCCGCCGCCAAGAUCCGCAAGGAGAACCCUGUGGUGGUGGCCGACAAGAUCCAGAGAAUAUAA